CGACGCCUUCAACGUUCUCAAUUUCAGAAACUUAUCAUUAUCAUCAUCUCUCUGAGAUAUCAAGUUUUAAACAACAGCGACGAUGCCGAGCAGAUACCCAGGAGCCGUGACGCAAGACUGGGAGCCAGUGGUGCUCCACAAAACUAAGCCAAAGAGCCAAGACCUCCGUGAUCCCAAGGCGGUUAACGCGGCUCUCAGAAGCGGCUUAGCGGUUCAGACUGUGAAGAAAUUCGACGCCGGUUCGAACAAGAAGGGGAAAUCGAUGGCUGUGCCGGUGAUCAACACGAAGAAGCUGGAGGAGGAGACGGAGCCGUCGGCGAUGGAUAGGGUGAAAGCGGAGGUGAGGCUAGCGAUACAGAAAGCUCGGUUGGAGAAGAAGAUGUCACAAGCGGAUCUAGCGAAACAGAUCAACGAGCGGACACAGGUGGUUCAAGAAUACGAAAACGGGAAAGCUGUUCCUAACCAGGCCGUACUUGCCAAGAUGGAGAAGGUUCUAGGUGUUAAACUCAGGGGUAAACAUGUCAAAUAAUUCAAAACGAUGCCGUCUCUGGUUUCGUUCUUCCUUCUUUUGGGUGCACGUCUAAUUUCGUAUUCUCAAUCUUAUGAAUAUAAAUAAUAACGCUUUUGGCUUCGUAUUCAAACGACAUCGUAUCUGCCAAACGAUUGUCAAAUUUAAAAAGGAAAUGGAUUUGUUCUGUUUGAGUUACUUGAAUUUCUUCAUACAUGAGUCAUGACUGGUCUAAAUAUUUGUUCUUUGCAUGUAUAAUGUAUUCCUGUAAUCAACAAGAUUAAAAAUUCUUUUUUUAAA